GUGCACUCAGUACGUCGCCUGUGUCGCUUCACGCUGCAGUACUAUCCGACCAUGCGCCGCACGCGUGUUCACCUCACCCACUCUUGUCAAAUGAAGGCCACGCGCGCAAAGGCACAUCUUCAGCCCCCAAACAAUACCACAUGCUGGUGACAGUCCAGCGUAAUGCCGCAGUGGCGGUACACCCCGUGCAACCAACCGACGGGGAUGAUUAGCGGUAGUGCUCCAACUCGCGAGCAUCCCUGAUCCUCACGUCGUACAUAGCCCCUCAUCCGCGGGCGUUCCACGCGGCACACACGCACAAAGCAGCACAUAUACCAGGAGCGCACCUCAUUUCGCCGCGCACACGAACACUCGCCAUGCUGAACCGCAUCCUCACCACCAAGAUAAAACGCCCCAGCCGCUCUGCCAGCAGCAACCACUCACAAGAGCCAACCAGCUCCUCAGCACACGCACCUCAUACCAGCUCAAAGAUGGGCAACGCACCAAGCACGCAGAACUCGCCGAACCGUAAGGCUGGCUCUAUUGGCCGGUCGUCGACGCUCUCGUCGUCGGUGGGCAUGCCGGGCGCAGAGCCGCCGAGGGUCGACUCGCCGCUGAAGGAGGGGAUGGAGGAGAGUACCGAGACCACCGCGAACGACGAGCAAGCAGGCUCGCAGAACUCGCAGAAGCCCACCGACGAGGUCCUCCUGCUCAUACCUCCGGUAGCUCCGGAGACGGACGCACCCGCCAAAGUCGAGCAGCCAGAAGCGAGCGUGCCAAAUGGUAACAGCUUAAAGUCGCUUAGCAGGCAGGAGAGCACGGACUCGCAAAGGCAGAUCUGGCUGCCCGGUACGCACGUCCUCCUCAACGCGCGCAGCGGGACUGCGCUCGACCUCUGUGGAGCCGACCAACGGAACUUGAUUGGAUUUCCCGUGAACAUGGGGCCCAACCAGCAGUGGGAGUUUAUCCCGAGCGGAAAGGGAUAUAUGAUCCGGAGCGCGUGUCCUUCUUCGUGCGGACUCUACCUGACCGUCGAGGAGCUGAGGGAGGGUGCACCGAUCGUGGCGAGCUCGUAUCCUGUCAGCUGGAACGUGGACUUUGCCGAGAAGGUGGAGGAUGCCAUUAGGAUAUCCUGGCCGAACACCAACUUCGUCAUAGAUCUGGCGGAUUGGGGAAAUGCAACGCCUGGUACGAAGGUUGAGCUCAUGCACGCGAAGCCGGGCGAGCUCUGCCAGCUAUGGCGCUUCACGCGCUGUGCGCUCGCGAAGGAGCAGGAAGAGAAGAUCGCACGUACCGCGACGAAGCCCGUCAUUGCAGAAACCAUCAUCGUAUCGGAGGGCAAGGAGCACAUCAUCACGACACGCACUACGACGACGACGACUGUCACGACCGUCACGACUGUUACGAGAACACCACGACCUCAGCCUGCUGUCAACGGCUCGUCUUGAGCGCUGUGCUACAUAAUUGAAGUCUGGCAGCGCUUGAGCUCGAGGUUGGGGAGCCGGUCGACUCGGAGAACCAUAAGUAAUUAUAAGUUAUUGCAGUGAUACUCAGCUUUUUCCAUCCACAUUAUGAUGUAUCUUCUUGUUGUAUGUGUAUUCGAGUUUCGUGCGAUAUAUACGAGGCACAUCCACGGACCACCGCAGAAGCGUAGUGUCGAGAGCCUGAGGUGAUGACCGUGAUGAUAGUGUGACCAGCGCGUAUAAGUGGGCCACCAAGACCAAAAUGUCUGACGGUUCAGUUCAAAUUCGGGGUCAACGGAGGGC